AUGCAGAGUAAUUACCAUUAUGGUCUUGACAAUCCAUUCGCAAACAUCAUUCAAGAAGAGAAGAGUCACCGCUUCUUUAAACUUCAUAUUCAAGUAAACUAACCAUUUUAAAUGAAAUUUUUAAAAAUCUCAGUGAUUUAGACAUGGGUUUAUAUCCAUUCGGCAGUAAGUAUGGUCACGUCUUUGAUGGGAAUAACAGUCGGAAUUCUUUUUCUCGUUUCUCCAGACUGGCACGAAAAGUUUUACCUCUACAAGCAGACCCUUGCUGUGAGUUUUUUACAGUGAAUUCUCGAAAAGACUGGGCUUUAUUUUUAGUUUUAAAGCUGAAGAAGUUUCUUUUCCCAAUGAGAAUCGAAGUUGUGAGCUUUCAGUAUCUCCGGAGAGCAGAUCCUUUGCGGUACUGGCUUUUCUACAAGAUCUUCUUUUUUGCCUGGAUUUUCGUUCACCUCCUUCACCUCGCUUCUAUAAUCGUCACAGUCGUCGCUGUGCAGGUGAGCUCAAAAACAGUUGAGGAAACAGAGAGUUUCAGAAAACCAGUACGGCGCUGCUCAAACCUCAGCUGCUGGUGCUCAUUUUGCUCAUCGGCCUGUUGAUUCUGGGCCUUUCGGGUCUGAUAGUAAUAAGUGUUACCGGCUCCAGACCGACAUGGCUUUCGAUAGUAAUUGUUUUAUUUUUCUUUGUUGUUGGAGGGUAAGUACCAUUUCUCUUAUUGCUGUACAGGAACUAUCUCUUAGAACGAACUUAUCUCUGGUCGUGAUUUACCACAAAUUUCUGGACGACAAAAUGGCCGCUCUUCGUGAACUUCUGGGUAAUGGGAAGUCGGUCCACUUCAAAGACAGCUCUUCAUGA